GGAGCACGCCGCGCGCAGCGAGCGACCGCACUCGCACCCGCAUCCAUGCUGCUGACGCUGGCCAGCGGCGCGCUCUUCUUCCCGGGCCUCUUCUCGCUCAGCAUCUGGGCGCUGCGCCGCGCGCGGCCCGGAUGGACAGAGAACGACUGCCUGACGGUCGGCACCAGGCUGGUGUCCUCUGUGCAGGCAGUGCUAGCCACCGGGGCGGGGCUCACCGUCAUCCUCUCCUGCAAAAACGUGAUCACCGACAGGCACUGGCUUGCCAGAGAAUAUGUAUGGUUCUUGAUCCCAUACAUGAUCUAUGACUGCUACGCCAUGUACCUCUGCGAAUGGUGCCGAACCAGAGACCGGAAACUCAGACGCGCCACCAUUUUCCGGAACUUCCUGGUUGAAAACCGCCUAAUGGUCACACAUCAUGUGGUCAUUCUAUUUGUCCUUGUGCCUAUUUCACAGAAGCUCCGGGGAGAGCUUGGUGACUUCUUUGUCGGCUGCAUCUUCACGGCAGAGCUGAGUACUCCCUUUGUGUCCCUGGGCAGAGUUCUGAUCCAGCUAAAGCAGCAGCAUACCCUUCUUUACAAGGUCAAUGGGAUCCUCACGCUGACCACCUUCCUGUUCUGCCGGAUCCUCCUUUUUCCCUUCAUGUACUGGUCCUAUGGCCAACAGAAAGGACUGAGCCCGCUCCGGGUGCCAUUUAAUAUCCCUUUACACUGCAACGUGGCCAACGCUGUCCUCAUCUCUCCCCAGCUGUACUGGUUCUCACUGCUGUGCAAGAAGGCAGCCCGGCUCUUUGACACUGCCAAAGUCAAAAAGGAUGGCUAGUUACUCUCAGGGGUCUGGCACUCACGCUGGCUGCCACCUCUACUCAGUAUUCCAAGGACCAGAUCAUGCCUGGGGUAGCCUCUGCCUUC